UCAGGGUCUCUCGCUUGCCACAGGGCUAAAUCCCCAACUCCUAAAUACAUCUAUACUCUCUAAAGUGAGCAGAGGACAGCUGUAGGAGGGUGUUUUGACCUCCAGCACCAUUAAUGUAACAAAUACAUAUCAGAAGCUCACUUAGGACCAGGCAUUAACUCCUCUCCAAUUCCCUGACUUCCGCCUCCGGACUCCUCAUACUUGAUGUGAUUUUGGACCAACCUUUCCCAUUUUCAAACCUCAGUUUUCCCUCCUGUAUCAGAAGGGUCACAUGUUCCCCUUCUCAAGGACAACCCCACACACACACACACCGGAGAGGAUUUGAUCGGGCUCGAGGAGAGUAUUUUGUAAACAGUGAAAUGCCAAGCAAAACGACUAAUAACAUUUACCGCCCUCCCACCACGUCUAAGCUUCCCGCCGCCUGCUUUCCAGAGCCGCCCCAGGAAGGGCGCGCACAGACACCGGGAGCCACGCCCAGGAGAGCGCAGACGCCUUCUCCGCGCUCCACCCCGCGUUCGGGGGAAGGGACCUGCAUGACGUCACAGCCACUUCCUAUGUAGCCAUCCGCCAAAAGCGCAAGUAGUCCCAAGCCCCCAGCGGACUCUGUCGCUCAUACUAGGUAGCACAUAAAAUUCUAGACUCCCUUUGGACCCUACUAUAGGUUUGGGGACUCGGAGAAGGCUUCCGGAACACUGGAAAUCGUUUUUCCCUGGGACGGCGGUGGAAGUAGUUCCGACCUACUGUAGGCCGAUGGGUUCCUCCGCAGCGGGGGGAAGAGGAUGGCGACCUCGUCGAUGCCGGAGUCGGAGAGGGACGCGACAACAAAAGCCUCAGAGUGAAAGCCCGAGACCCUGCACCCCCCUGUUGGACUGUCCCCCGAGCCAAUGGAGGAGAACGAGGUGGAGAGCAGUAGCGACGCGACCCCUCGGCCUGGGCCGCCCGAAGAGCCCUCUGAGAGUGGCCUAGGUGUGGGCACCUCGGAAGCUGUGUCAGCCGACAGCAGCGAUGCCGCGACCGCUCCGGGGCUGGCGGAGGCCGACGACUCUGGUGUGGGGCAAAGCUCGGACCGCGGCAGUCACUCUGUGGAGGAGGUGUCCGAGAGCAGCUCCAGUACGGACCCCCUUCCUCAUGGCUACCUCCCUGAUUCAUCUUCUGUAUCCCGGGGGCCGGUGGCAGGGGUGCCAGGUUGCACACCAGCCCUGGUGCACUCCAGCGUUCUCCCAGAUCCCAACAUGCUGGUGUCUGACUGUACAGCUUCCUCCUCCGACCUGGGCUCAGCCAUCGACAAGAUCAUUGAGUCCACUAUUGGGCCUGACCUCAUCCAGAGCUGCAUCACUGUGACCAGUGCUGAAGAUGGCGGGGCUGAGACCACACGGUACCUGCUCCUGCAGGGCCCGGAUGAUGGUGCCCCCAUGACAUCACCGAUGUCCAGUUCCACUCUGGCUCACAGCUUAGCAGCCAUUGAGGCCCUGGCUGACGGCCCCACGUCCACAUCCACAUGUCUAGAGACCCCUGAGGAGGCUGGGGCUGGGCCCAGCUCCCUGGCCCAGCUACCCCCAGCCCCUGGUGCCGAGGAGCUGGACUUGCAGAGCCUGGAGGCCAUGAUGGAGGUAGUGGUAGUACAGCAGUUCAAGUGCAAGAUGUGCCAGUACCGGAGCAGCGCCAAGACCACCCUGCUGCGGCACAUGCGGGAACGACACCUCCGCCCAGGUGCCUCCAAGCAGCCUGCCUGGCUGAGGGAUGGGCAGGGGCAGGGCCCUGGGGCCAGACAUAGCGAGCCUGCCUCCUGCCCCCCAGCAGUGGCAGCAGCAUCCGCAGCAUCCACAGCCAGUAAAAAGGGACGUGUGCGCAAGUGGGACACCACCACCAAGACCCCGGAGGAGGAAGGACCAGAGGAAGAAGAGGAUGAUGACAUUGUAGAUGCCGGGGCCAUCGAUGACCUGGAGGAGGACAGCGACUACAAUCCAGCUGAGGAUGAACCCCGAGGCCGGCAGCUACGGCUCCAGCGCCCUACCCCCAGUACCCCAAGACCUCGAAGGAGACCUGGCCGGCCCCGGAAGCUGCCUCGCUUGGAGACCUCGGACCUCCUGGAUGGUGUGGAAGAGCCUCUAGUGAGUUCCCAGAGUGGACAGAGCCCUCCAGAGCCUCGGGAUGCUGAGGCUCCCAGUUCUUCGGGCCCAGGACACCUGGCAGCAUUGGGAAAAGCGGACAAGAGGCCUGUGGAGCCUGGUGUGAGCCAGUCAGCUGCAGAGAAUGCAGCACCCUCCAGCCAGGACGAGCCUGAUGCCCCUCCCCGACGCAGGGGACGACCCUCCAGGCGAUUCCUAGGCAAGAAAUACCGCAAGUACUACUACAAGUCACCCAAACCCCUUCUGAGGCCCUAUCUGUGCCGAAUCUGUGGCUCCCGCUUCCUGUCCCACGAAGACCUACGCUUCCACGUCAACUCCCAUGAGGCUGGUGACCCGCAGCUAUUCAAGUGCCUGCAGUGCAGCUACCGCUCCCGCCGCUGGUCCUCACUCAAGGAGCACAUGUUCAACCACGUGGGCAGCAAGCCUUACAAGUGUGACGAAUGCAGCUACACCAGUGUCUACCGGAAGGACGUCAUUCGGCAUGCAGCUGUGCACAGCCGGGACCGGAAGAAGAGACCAGAUCCGACCCCAAAGCUGAGUUCUUUCCCCUGCCCUGUGUGUGGCCGUGUUUACCCCAUGCAGAAGAGGCUGACGCAGCACAUGAAGACUCACAGCACUGAGAAGCCCCACAUGUGUGACAAGUGUGGCAAGUCCUUUAAGAAGCGCUAUACCUUCAAAAUGCACCUACUCACCCACAUCCAGGCUGUUGCCAAUCGCAGGUUUAAGUGUGAGUUCUGUGAGUUCGUAUGUGAGGACAAGAAGGCACUGCUGAACCACCAGCUGUCCCACGUCAGCGACAAGCCCUUUAAAUGCAACUUUUGUCCCUAUCGUACCUUCCGAGAGGACUUCCUGCUGUCCCAUGUGGCUGUCAAGCACACAGGGGCCAAGCCCUUUGCCUGUGAGUACUGCCACUUCAGCACCCGGCACAAGAAGAAUCUACGACUGCAUGUGCGCUGCCGACACCCCAGCAGUUUUGAGGAAUGGGGGCGGCGCCACCCCGAGGAGCCCCCUUCCCGCCGCCGCCCCUUCUUCUCUCUGCAGCAGAUUGAGGAGCUGAAGCAGCAGCACAGUGCAGCCCCUGGCCCGCCUCCUGGCUCACCAGGACCCCCUGAGGUCCCUACAGAGGCAGCACCUUUCCAGUCACCUGAGACCACCCCACUUCUCUGUUCUGACACCCUGGGUGGCGCCACCAUCAUCUAUCAGCAUGGAGCUGAGGAGUCCACUGCGAUGGCCACACAGACAGCCUUGGACCUGCUGCUGAACAUGAGUGCCCAACGGGAGCUUGGGGCCACAGCCCUGCAGGUGGCCGUGGUAAAGUCAGAAAACAUGGAAGCAGCAUCCCCUGGUGGGCAGCCCUCACCUGAAGACACCACUCCGCAGGUGGUGACACUUCACGUGGCAGAGCCAGGGGGCAGUGUGGCAGCUGACAGCCAGCUAGGCCCCCCUGAUUUGCAGCAAAUUACCUUGGCUCCUGGUCCGUUUGGUGGGGCUGGCUACAGUGUCAUCACAGCACCUCCUACGGAGGAGGGGACAUCAGCUCCUGGCACACCUUACAGUGAGGAACCCCCUGGAGAGGCAGCUCAGGCUGUGGUUGUAAGUGACACCCUCAAAGAUAGUGGCACCCACUACAUCAUGGCAGCUGAUGGGACACAGCUGCACCACAUUGAGGUGAGACUCCCAGUUGCCACCCUGUCCUCCUCCUGCCCCACCCCCUCCUCAGCCCCUUAUUGCCACCUGCUCUCUCCACAGCUGACUGCAGAUGGCUCCAUCUCCUUCCCAAGUGGUGAUGCCCUGGCCUCUGGAGCCAAGUGGCCCCUGCUGCAGUGUGGGGGGCUGCCCAGAGAUGGCCCUGAGUCCCUGUCUCCAUCCAAGACCCACCAGGUGGGGGACACCCAGGGCUCUGUCUCCCCACCUCCUACAGCCAGCAAAGCCUUGGGCCUGGUGGUACCGCCUUCCCCACCAUCUGUUGCCAAUGCAGCAUCAAAGAAGUUCUCCUGCAAGAUCUGUGCCGAAGCCUUCCCUGGACGAGCCGAAAUGGAGAGUCACAAGCGGGCCCAUGCUGGGCCCAGUGCCUUCAAGUGCCCUGACUGUCCCUUCAGUGCCCGCCAGUGGUCUGAGGUCCGGGCCCACAUGGCACAGCACUCAAGCCUGCGCCCUCACCAGUGCAGCCAGUGCAGCUUUGCCUCCAAGAACAAGAAGGACCUGCGGCGGCACAUGCUGACCCACACCAACGAGAAGCCCUUCUCCUGCCACCUCUGUGGGCAGCGGUUCAACCGUAAUGGGCAUCUCAAGUUCCAUAUCCAGCGGCUGCACAGUCCUGAUGGAAGGAAGUCGGGGGCCCCUGCAGCCCGGGCCCCGGCCCCAGCCCCGACCAUCAUCCUGAAUAGUGAUGAGGAGACACUAGCCACACUGCACACUGCCCUCCAGUCAGGUCAUGGGGUCCUGGGUCCAGAACGGCUGCAGCAGGCACUGGGCCAGGAACACAUCAUUGUGGCCCAGGAACAGACAGUGACCAAUCAGGUAAGGGCCAGUGUAUGGCAUCUCUACUGGCAGGUCAUGGGCAGGCUGGGGGUGUACAGAGCUGAGGCUAUACAGCUGGCUUGGCCUUGGCAGGAGGAAGCCACCUAUAUCCAAGAGAUCACCACAGCAGAUGGCCAGACAGUACAGCACCUGGUGACCUCAGACAACCAGGUGCAGUACAUUAUCUCUCAGGAUGGUGUCCAGCAUCUGCUGCCUCAGGAGUAUGUAGUGGUCCCUGAUGGCCAUCAUAUCCAGGUUCAGGAGGGCCAGAUCACACACAUCCAAUACGAGCAAGGGACCCCAUUCCUGCAGGAGUCUCAGAUCCAGUACGUGCCUGUGUCCCCGGGCCAGCAACUUGUCACUCAGGCUCAGCUUGAGGCUGCAGCACACUCUGCUGUUACAGGUAUGGGGCUAGACCUGAUGGCCAGGAAGCCUCGCUCCUGGGGCCUUGGCCUCACCGUGCUUUCCCCUCCCCUGACAGCGGUGGCGGAUGCUGCCAUGGCCCAAGCCCAGGGCCUGUUUGGCACUGAAGAGGCAGUGCCUGAACACAUCCAACAGCUGCAGCACCAGGGCAUCGAGUACGACGUCAUCACCCUGACUGAUGACUGAGCCCCAUGGGCCCAACGCAGAUCGUGGA